UCUUCAGCACAAAGAACAAAUUAUUUUUUUUCUCGAAAUUUUCACAAAUCUUUUGUUUCUAGUAACUUCCAUGGAUAUAUUAUGCAAGUAGAUUUCAGAAAAUACUGAAAGUUUCAGUUUUUUUUGAGGUUUCAAAUCUUGAUACUUGGCUGAAUCAAAUACUAAUUACAGGAGUUAUCUAAGAUGCUUUCAAGAAUUGCCAAAAUCCCACUUGUGAGUUCACAUCCUGAGGUUUACGAACCAUGUGAUGAUUCCUUUGCAUUGGUCGAUGCUUUAUUAGCUGAUCGAACUAACUUGUUACAACACAAUCCCUCAAUUUGUAUGGAAAUUGGUUGUGGCAGUGGUUACGUUAUUACUUCACUUGCUGUUAUGCUUGGACACGAAGGAUUUGUUCCAUACUACAUUGCAACAGACAUCAACCCUCAUGCAAUAAGGGUGACUCGUGAGACCAUGGAUGCUCAUGGGGUUUAUGCAGAGUUGGUAAACACAAAUAUUACAUCUGGACUUGAGAAGCGAUUGGCAGGAUCAGUUGAUGUGCUGGUUGUGAACCCUCCUUAUGUUCCUACGCCUGAAGAUGAAGUUGGUUGUGAAGGCAUCACUUCCGCGUGGGCUGGAGGGGAGAAUGGUCGAAGCGUUAUUGAUAAAAUACUACCUGCUGCCGACAAUCUUUUGUCAGAGAAGGGCUGGUUAUAUAUUGUCACGCUUACUGCUAAUAACCCUUCUGAAAUAUGUCUUGAGAUGAGAAAGAAGGGUUAUGCAUCUCGAAUUAUCCUUCAAAGAUCAACUGAAGAAGAGAGCCUUCAUAUUAUCAAAUUUUGGCGAGAUUCUGAUAGCCAGUUGGAGCUGAAUAAUUUAAAUUAUUGGACAAAAAUGGUCAGGAAUUAGCGAAAGGGUCUCAUCUUAUGAUUGCAUUGAUUGUCCAUUAGGGAACAUGACACUAGCUGUUAAUAGCAUUGCAGAUAGAGGAGUAAGUUCAUCUUCUGGAUGUGGUAAUGUUCACUUCUGUUCUUUCUCGUUAUUUCGAUAAAGUCACUCUUUUCACAUGGUUCGUUUGAAGCAAUACAUAGAAAUGUGAAAGUUUGAAUUCCUUUUCGUUUCUGUGGUACUGUUGUUCAGGUGUACAGGGGUCUGUUAUCUUUACUAAAAGGUUUCCUCAAACAAGCUGACUCUCACUCGACUUUAUCAAGUACCUGGUUUGAUGCUUAAAGCUGUAGCUCAUCGUGUCUAUACACAAUUUUUGAAUUAUUUGCUUCCAUAAUCUGCUCUGUUCGCAACAAGCUAUUGCAUUAACAUCUCACAAUGCUAAAGUAAUCAGUUAACGAAUAUGUUUGGACGAAUAUCAUCUGGAUAAGCCGUUGGUUUGUGUCUGUUUAAUUUUCUUAGUUUCUUACUAUAUCCAUGUUGGUGAAAAUUUCUAGCCCUUGGAAAUAUAAGUGCUUAAUUCGGUUGUU